UUCCUCUCUCUGUCUGGGUCAACUUGUCUGUUCGUAGCUGGCCCAUCUCUCCGGCCCCAGCUCCCAAUCUCUCUCUCUCUCUCUCUCUCUCUCUCUCUCUCUCUCUCUCUCUCUCAACAGCUGUGUCGCACGCCCGCUGGCCUGUUACUUCAUCGCAAUCACCUCCUUGUCCGCCUGCCUGGGUGGCCGCCAUGAGCCGGAAGCGGCUGGUCACUGACUCCUACCCCGUUGUGAAGAGAAGGGAGGGACCUGCUGGGCACAGCAAGGAGGAGCUGGCACCAGAGCUAGGGGAGGAGACCCAGUCUCUCACCGAGGAGGAAGCUGAGCUGGAGCUGCUGAGGCAGUUUGAUCUGGCCUGGCAGUAUGGGCCUUGUACAGGGAUCACACGGCUGCAGCGCUGGUAUCGGGCACAGCAGAUGGGCUUGGAGCCUCCCUCAGAGGUGCUCCAGGUGCUGAAGACCCACACUGGAGACCCUCGCUUUGAGUGCAGCCUUUGGCAUUUCUACCCCCUCUGAAGCACUGCCUAGGCCAUCCUGACCAUGGCACCUGCUAGCCACCAAGAACUCGAGAACAAUAUCUGGAGCCAGUUGCUGUUGCUCUGCUCAGCUGAGCUGUGGUGAAACAGUUGGCAGGGUUGACUCCAGAGGUUUUCUUGGCUCAGCCUCUCAACUAAGAAGCAGGCUUCUGCAACCCUGUCUGACAGCCUGUGAAGCUGAAGCCAAGCACCUCCAGAUGGAGACUGGUGUGGGUCAAGGACCCAGCAAGACCUUCCAAUGCCUGUGACACCCACUUCCUGUCUAUGGUGUGGCAAAUCCAGCAUAGCCUGGCACAAAGCCAGAUGCAGGCAGAUGAUUUAAAAGGCAAAGAUGUACUCUCACCCCAGUCUGCAUAUAGCUGAGGGCAGGACUGGUUGAGCUGGCAGGGGCCAGUCAGGAGUCUCAAUGAUGCUUACAAUAAAAACCGCUAAGCUUGGAA